GUAAGCUGUGUGUGUGUGUGGGAAGAGUGGAAGGGUUUAUUUCACUGUGAAUCACUCUUUUAACACUGAACUGUGUGUGUCAUAGAGUCAGAGGGCUUCAGUCAACCCAUCAUCUAUCACAUUGUUUGUGGACCAGGAUAAGAUUUCCAGAUUUGUGCUGUGAAGAAAUGGGCAGGAUGAAAAAUCUGACUGUAAUUAUUACAAUGAUGAUGAUGAUGAUGAUGAUGUGCCUUCAUUCAGCUCUUACAGAUCAAAGUUUGGAGUGUUAUAAUGACUACUGUAACACCUUCACAUGCUUGUGGAACACAUCAAACGUCCAGAUCCAGCCGCCCAUCACACCUCAGACAAACUGCUUCCUACAUGUAGAGGUUAAAAGAGCUGGAGGCAGUGAAACAGAAAAGCAGCAGAUGUCCUUCGAGAGCUCAGACCUCAACAUCCGCACAGCCAGCGUUGAAUUUAAAACACCUGGAGGAAUCAUAAUAGGUGCUGCCAUCAUCUCUGAAAAAGUGAUGUGUGAGAACUUUGAUGCACCUGUGGUUCAGACACAACACAAAGGCAGGGACAGCGUAGUGAAAGUUCUGCCUCCUGUGGGAGUGAAAGUUGACGGGCUCAAUGUUUCAUGGAGUUUUGCUUCCCCAAAAUCACAAUAUUUUCCGGGUCAUGUGUUUGAGCUGCAGUACAGAUCUGCUGAGCAAAGCUGGACGGACAGUAAGAGUUUUCAGAUCAAUGACCCUCAUAUAAAGCUUCAUGAAGAUCUGUACUUACAUCAGCUGUAUGUACUCCGGGUCAGAGCCAAACUUGUUUUUAAAAAAACCAAAACCAUCUGGAGCGAGUGGAGCAGUGAGUACAGCUGGACAUCUGAUGUGGGUGAACCACGCCCGACACCCAUAGCUCCUGUACAUCAUAUAGUGUCAUCAAAAAUUUCUUUUUGUUUAUACAAUAAAACAAAAAGACAUUAGUUACUGCACAUCUAGUGACUUAUACUGCUGUGAAUAGAGAAAUGAAAUUGUCCCAUCUGUUUUAUUAUUUGAUUGAGAACUGAAAUCUGCUGUGUACUUUCUGUGACAUCAUCACUCGGUAUCUGGGACGGGAUUUCAAAACAUCCAGCAGAUAAAUAUGGGAAUGUGAUAUAAUAAUAAUAAUGCAUGCUGAAGAAUGAUGUUUAUGAAUCUGUUUGGAUCACAUUUACAGGAGUCGGGUUUAGCAUCUUCAUCUUUAUUAUUCUGUUUAAAUGUAAAACAAUCAAAUGUUGAGCGUGCCGCUUUUACACUCGUAUAUUCUCUUCAGUCAAAUGAAAUGAAGGUUUACAGUAAUGGAUCCUACCUUAGCUCCUCAAGUGCAUAACGCUUUUAUUAUUGUGUUUUUAGUUUAUUUUUAAUCAUCUAUUUAUAUA